AGGCAAUGUUAUUGCACUUGGUAAGUUAAAAUAACAGUUACCGUAAAAUGUGUAACAACAUGUAUGAAGAAAAAUAUGAAACAGCUUCAAGACCUUGUGGACAACAUCCCAACAAAAUUAUAUAUUCAUUCAUUCAUUUACCCACGCAUUCACCCACCUACUCACUCACUCACUCACCCACUCACCCAUCCUCUCACCCACCCACCCACUUAGAACACAAGUAAUAUUAAGGCAUUUCCAUUCAGAUUACAUGAGACCUGGAUCAGAGAUAUCUUACCUAACUUAAAUGAAGGUCUUCCAACAAAGAAGACUUGAAUUGUUGUAAACUGUGUUUUUCUUAAUAACUUUCAGAAAUUGGACAGCACUUGGCCUGCAACCUUGCUAAAGUUCCAUCUCACGCAGUAAUGACAAAGGAGGGGAACAACAACAUGGUCAACUACGUCCGUGUGCUAUUGGAGGCGUCAAACAAGUACGGCGACGAUUCAGGCAGCUUCGCCUUGUUUAACUCCACAAAGUACGGUAAAAAGGAUCUCCUCUUCAAGGAUUCCACAGAGAAGCUUGUGGAUGUCAGUGGUCGAUCCUACUUGGAGUUUCUUGGUGACGACUACAUUGCAGUCAUCAAAGGCUUGAAUGAAUGUCUCGCAGUGGAUGGAGGCAAAGGUAGUAUUAAGCCUUACUUUCUUGUGUCGGGCUUGCGUCCAUGGUUCUGGUGCUGUCUGGAACUGCUUAAUGAAAAGCGGUGCAUUUAUUAUUGGCAUAACGAAAAAAAACUUUCUUGUGACAAACAGCAGGCUACUCCAAGUGUGCAAGAUAAAGCACCACCCAGGGUUUUCAUUAAUUUUGGGAGUAGAAGGCUAGUUUCAUGAAGUAGAUGGCUGACACUGAUUUGAGUGCAGAAGGGACAAGCCUCUGAAGGAGCAUUAAAAAUCAGACUGAUACAAUUGUACAACAACAGAAAUGUUGUGCCACUGAAAUGCUUUUUUACACAUUCUCUUGGAGAUAUUUUGUCAAAAUAAAUAUUGCAAAAGGCCAAAACACCAAGAAUAUUGAGGGAUUACAAAGACGUUUUCUUAUUCUUUAUCCUUAACAGCACAGUAUUACAAUUGAAAAUGUACAAAGACAGUCAAGGUUCAGUCACAUAAUAUUUCACAAAAAGUAAAGCCGGUUUUUUAGCUGGCGACCGGCACUUGAUAAGAACCCUGACCAUCUUGCCUGGUGAGGAAGCCAAUCACCAUGCACCUUCCCCUUCGCCUAACU